AUGGAGUUUUCAUCAUCGCCAUCGCCGAUGGGGAGUGGAAAGCGAGCGCCUCCGCCGCCAAUCCGCAUCGCACAGUCAAGCUAUACACCACCGAACUAUGUGUCCAGUCGGCGGGGGUCGGCUUCAACAUUGCUGUAUGAUAUGCCGUCAGCAUCUCCGCGGAAAAUGGAGUACGGUUCGGCCAACAACCGACUCAGCCAAUCCCGCAUCUUAACAUCGCCACCAGCCACCGAGCAGCUUCUUUACUCUAUUCCAGCCCCAGGCAGCCCCCCAGUGCGGAUUUCUGGUCCCCAGUUCGCAAUAGCACAUGAGUCCCGGCGCUCUGUCUAUCCUCAGAGUCCUCCCCUCCCCCUGCUCGCUCGCGAACAUCGACAUCACUCCUCCCAGAACCCACGCAGAAGGAGCUUGAUGAAUACGAAGCUCUUUGUCGACAAUUGUGAGAUUUUUCCACCCUUCAUUUCUAUCUUUUGCCAGGAUGAGAACGCAAAGAUAGCUAUGGACGCCAUGAUGAACAAAAUACCCCAAUACCACCAAGCCAAGUAUACCCGCGUUCAGGCAAAUGUUCGGCGCGAGUUUCAUCUCACCCAGAGUCUUCGAAAGAUAUCCGAGUUCCGUGCGCAUCUAUCUUCAGUCCAACCAGGAUGUUCUCUGUCGCCUGCUGCGCGAGCAACCCCUAGCGGGACUUUGGCAAGGAGGGAGCGAGCCGACAAGUUUCAGGCUUUUCUUGACGCCCAAUGCGGCAGCGCCGGCACUCAGAACUUCUUCAUCGGAUUGUAUGCCGCUAUGAAGCUGCAGACCCUCCCUCCGAGCAUCGGCGGGACUGGUGAGAGUCGUAUUGAAUGGGAGAUCGAUGAUGCUGUAUUCAUGGAAAGCGGCGGAAAUCAAUUCAUGCUGGAUGCAAUCGACAUGAUGAAAGGGGUCCUUGGUUUCGACGAACGCCCGUUAAAUUACCGACCACUUCCCUGUCGGUCGUUUCACCAAUCAUCCCUAUUCUCGUCCACGAAUGUCUUGCCUCGAGACAGGGCUGAAGAUCCCUCGGUGUCAGAAGCGAUAAACAAGCCCGUUCGUGCCGCUCCACCAGGGCGCUCUCGCGCUUCAUCGGAUCCGUUCCUAGACCCCACCAGGAGCUCCCUCUCGAUGAACGCAGCCCUGUCCAUGGCGCUUCCUACCCCUGAGGAAUCCGCCACCGAUUUGGAUUCGCUUGGUCCCUCUACGCCUCUUGACGAGCGUGGUCCCGAGAUUCCUCCACCUGCCUCGUUAUCCGACCAAUAUGCCGCCAGCACCUACAGUAUGGACGCCGAGACCUUCUUAAACGAGCAACAGCUGCGGAUUUGGACAUUUCCUCCUUAUAUUACGAACCCAGAACUACAUAAGCUUAUGGCUAUGUUCCCUUCGAGUAUUACAAGUCAGACAGUUCCACGCUUCAGACCGCUCGCCAAGACCAAGCAACGGAAGGGUAGGCGUAAGGGCGCGGACGUUGAUCUCGAAGGCGACUGCAAUCUGCAAAUGGGCUUGGGCAUUGAUCCUGCCGGAUUUGAUAACGACCUCGUGAAAGAGCGAGGCGAGAUUCGGAAAGGCACUGGGCGUAUGUGGAUAGGCGACCUCAUGCGUUUGCCAGGUUGGCGAGGUACCUUUUGGGACACUAUACGAGACUGGUUCCGACACUUGUUCCGUUGA